UAGCCUGUGGUAACAUCAGAUUAUCAACUUUCUUAUGGGAUAAUUGCCCAGUGCUACUACCGCUGAAUAGCCUGGUGCUCCAAGCAUGGCUGGAUCCUCUUUGUUAAAUCUCAGACCUUUCUGGUUAGGGCUUUCUUUCUGGGCUAACAAGUAUAAGAAAUACAUGGUUAAUUUCAUUGCUGUUUUAUUUUUUGCAAAUGUUUCUUAUGAUGAACACUCAUUAGAAUCCUGUUAUGUAUCACAUGGUUUAAGUACUAAUAACAUUUUUUUUCCACAGGUUAUCCAGAUCAUGAUUGGCACCUUUCAUGUUUUCAUGUGGUAUUUUGUAAUGUUUUUGUAUAUGGGACAAAAUCACGGAGUCUUUGGAACAUAUGAACCUUUAACUUACAAAACAGGAUGUGCUUUAUGGGGAGUUUUUUUUAUCCUUUCAGGAAUCUUUAUAAUAAAAACAGAAAGGCAUGCAAGUCACUGUCUGGUUGCAUGUGCUUUGUCCAUGAACAUCCUCUCCAUAAUUGCUGCAAUAAUUGCACUAAUUCUAACAAUAAUUGAAUUGUCUCAGUUUCAUUCUGUGUCAUAUAGGAAUUAUGGACAAGCGAAACUUGGGAGGGAAGUGUCGCGUGUUUUACUGGUCUCCUACCACUUGGAAAUUUCCAUUGCGUUCGUAUACUCACUCUUCACCUGUACUGAUUUGGUAAGUAUUCACCUACCCUCAGGCAAACCAAGAGAUGUUGGUUUCUAAUACGCACAUUCUAUGAGUAGAUGAAACGCACUGGUGCAAUAUGUUUGGAACUAAUAAAAAUGGAAUGUUAUAAUAUUACCUUUACUUUUUUCUUUAUUGUUUAUAAAAUUACAAAGCUAAUACAUGAAAUAGCAAAUAAAAAAGUAAAAAAAAAUUAUAGAGUAAAAUGUUAUUGUCCUCUUAAUAUUGUCCCUGUUAC